AUGAAUAUAAUAUUGUAUGAUAUGAAAUUAUGUAAAUUAUUAGAGAAAUUAGAAGAUUUAAGGAUAAAUUAUAUAAAUAUAAGACCUAAACAUUUGAAUCGUUGUAAAAAAUGUAUUUUAUGUAAUUUGGAAGAAAAUAUAAUAAAAAUAUCAAAAUUAAUUUGUAAUUUAUUAAAUUUUAAUAUAAAAAAUUUAAUAAUUUAUCUUAAAUUUGAUAAAUUACAAUUUAUACAAUCGACCAUUACACUUAAUUAUAUCAAAUCACUUUAUUCAUCAAUUAUUACACAAUAUCUUUUAUUAUACAAUGUAAUACUAUACCUAAUACCCUUAAUUUACCUUAAUUAG